AUGAUUCAAGACGCAUGUGGAGUCGAGACGUGGGACUUGAUGGAAGCAGCACUUCAGAGCUUCGAAACGUAUGAGGCAGCACUUGAGACACCAGAGUUUCCAUGUUUAGUACUAAUAGCACUGGAUGAAUUAUUAAAAGACCCUGAAGCUCAUGCUACACAGCUGCAAGAACUAAUUGAUGUCUUGCUGCAGAUGAUUGAGUUUCCUAUUGAUCAGGAGCUUCCGCUACAGACUGUAACAAGACUCUCUUCAGCUCGAGAAUGGGCAAUUCAGAUGCUAUGGAAUGUUCAAGAAAACAGCAGAAUUGAGGGUCUACUCCAAGGUUUAACGAUAUCCAAGUCAUUGCAGCAGAUGCAAUCUAAACUGUUCGUAGCAGCACCGUGGAGAGUCACAGAUGUAGAGAUGGAGUUGUAUCAGUUGCUGCUACUUGCACUCAAGUCUGAAGAGGAAAGUUCCAUGCUCUCGGAUGUCUUGGAUAUGUGUGCGGCAAAGAUACAAAAUGAUACGCAGUUCCUUCAGUUUGCAGAGACUGCGUUGUCAGGAAAGUCCGAGACGUUACGAUUAGGAAGCGUGUUCCUUCAGCGAUUAUUCAAUCGACAGUCCAGGCAGUCCCAUGUGGAUGGGCGAAUAAAUGAGCACAGGGCGCGGCGUGGACAGCGACCUUUUGACGCGCUGACUCUCGGAAGCAGAAUUUGUGUGUGGGCAAACCAUCUCCCGAGCUGGCAAUCGCAGUUGCAGACUUGGAUGCUGGCAUCUCAUCGGGCACCGUUUGAUCCCAUGAGCUCUAUGCUGCCUGAUGGCUGGUGUCUUAAGCAUUGCUAUGGUGCAGAUGCAAAUUCUAUGGUAGCGGCUUGUCAGCGACAUUCGCACUUGUACGUUACAUUUAUCGAGUGGUGUCGUUGUCAUGUGGAUCUGCUCUCAUCGUGUCGUAGCAUGGAGCUGGUGAAUGUGUUAUCCCGAAGCAUACGACAAGAGAAUGCUGCUCACCUUUUCAAGCGACAAUUGUUGAAUCACGUACUGCUGGUGGAUUAUUCGCCAGGAAGCUGGCCAUGCGAUCAGCAAGAGCAAGCAUUCAUGAGGUUGAGCACCAAUCUUGAGCACCUUCAAGAAGCGCGCAGCGCUUCAGACAUUGAAUGGCAGUACGAGUGGAUCGGAGUGCUAGAACGAUCUUAUCUGCUUCAUGAAGCGCUGGAGCUUGCAUUUCGCGCUGAUACAGACAGCGACGUGGAUAACAAGCACAACGUGGACCAAAGUGCAGCUCGAAGUUCUGUGCAAUUCUUCAGCUGGUUUUACUCGUUUUUGUACUCCGAGUCUGUUGAUGAGAUAGCCUCAUUACUGAUGACGACAUUGUCACAGCUCAAGGAAUCUGAUAUUCUUGGUGGAGCGCAAUGGCUGAGGCGAAGUCGUGCUGACUUCAGUAUUCUUCCCGUUGUGCGCCUUCGUCUCGUUUGGUUUUGGCUACUGAAAAGCAUCGACACCGAAUUACAGACUCGUGCAUCUCUGAGUGAAGAAGGUGCUAUACAUGUAGCCACAAUUGAUGUUCUCAAGUCCGUCGAGUACAUUUUUCGACGUUUUACGCCACCUCAGGCUAAGCGGCCUUUUCAAGUGGAGUUCGUGACGCAAGUAUUAGUCGAGCUCGAGUGGCGGGCAACAAACACGAAGUCAAAGGACAAAUUUCUGAACGCGAUUGAACCUGUGUGGGCAUGGCUGACGAAAAUCGUGCGUUUGAUGCAGCUCGAUGAGCAAACUGCUCAUCAAAAAGACAGUAAAACAAAUUAUGGUAAUCACAGAAACACUGCAAGCGAUGUGGAGCAAUUGGCUAGGCGUAAGGAGCAGUUAUAUGAAUGCUUUUGA